GCGUAUAAUGUCCACAGUUUUGGUUGGUUUUGUUGGAUCCGAAUGAAUCAAUACAAGCCUAUUUUCAACAAAAUUUGCAUGUAAUGUUGAAAAUGCUACAGCGGAAUGGAUUUGGGUGCCAAAUGGAUUCUCACUGAUUAAUUAACAAUCCGGCUCUUCUCCAAUAAAUGUUGUAAUGAUGAUGGGUCAUGCUCUUGUAUAUAUAUGCAUCGCAAUUAUUGAAACAAUAGCUCAAAAUAGUAUUCCGGAGACUACUACAACUGUAUAUGGUUUAGAUUUUGGCUAUAAGAAAAAUUCAUUCACAACUGACACACCUACCACUACCAUUACUCUCGAUUUUGCAGUUCCAGCCAAACCAAGAAAUUUGACUAUUUUGGAUUUCACUUCAGUCAGCAUCUAUUUACAAUGGGCUAACCCUGAAAAUAUGAAUGGUGUUAUUGAAGGAUAUAGAGUUUACUACAUGAACAACAAUUAUACUGCAGUGCAACCAGACAAAAUUCCCUAUGAUAAUCCACUCAUUCACUACAAUUUGACAAAACUGGAGCCAAAAACUGAGUAUACAAUAUUUGUGAAAGCAUUCACUCAAAAGCAUGAGGGAUAUCCAUCAGAGUCUGUGAUAGCCACAACAGAUAUUAGUGGGCCUACAGCUCCUAAGGUGCUCAACUUGUCUUGCCAGGCCAAUGAAACCAUUUAUAUACAGUGGGAGAGACCAGCAAAUUUCUAUUAUUCUAUAGACUAUUACUAUAUUUAUGUGAAUCUUGGGAAUCACCUCUAUGAUAAUAUUACCAUUUCCACCACUGAAGAACACCUUGAGACUGCAUACACACUGAAAAAUGUUACUCCAGAUGCUGACUACAAAGUGCAGAUUCAAGCUUCAACAAGGAGCAACCGUACUCAUAGGUUGAUUAUGGGACAAAUCUCUGCUGAGUCAAUAUCCCGGAACUGUGAUAAAAUAGAUUAUAUGUCUCAUACCACUAGUGAACUGGGUGCUGGAAUUGUUGCUGGCAUACUUUGUGCAGCUAUGGCUCUGGUACUUGCAGGACUUGGAUUUUUAAUUUGGAGGAAGUGUUUUCGAGCCCCAUAUUACUAUCUAGACAAUCCUCAGUGCUCUACAGCUGCACUUGAUUGGAAUAUAACCCCUGAACCUGAUGCUGAUCAUAUCGGACCUAUUCCAGUGGCACUUUUUGCCAGGCAUGUCCAAGAACUGCAUGCUGAUGGUGAUAUUGGUUUUAGCAAAGAAUAUGAAGCCAUUCAGAAUGAUGCUGUCAAUGAUGUGAAUAGUUCAGAACAUUCCCAACACCCUGAGAAUAAACCCAAAAAUAGAUAUCUGAAUAUCAUUGCUUAUGACCAUUCUAGAGUCCAUUUAUUGACAAUGCGUGGCCAAAAGAUUUCAACCUAUAUCAACGCCAAUUAUAUUGAUGGCUUUCAAAUGAACAAAGCGUAUAUUGGUACUCAAGGUCCACUACCUUCCACUUUUGAUUGUUUUUGGCGAAUGGUUUGGGAACAAAGGGUUACUAUAAUUGUGAUGAUCACUAAUUUAGUUGAGAGGGGGCGGAGGAAAUGUGAUAUGUAUUGGCCUAAGGAAGGUACCGAAACUUACGGGAUGAUUCAAGUAAGACUAGUCAAAGAAGAUAUCAUGGCCACUUAUACUGUCAGAACUCUUUCAAUCAGACAUCUCAGAGUAAGCAUUAAGAGUAAAAAGAAAGCUGCGUUAGCUGAGAAAACAGUUUAUCAGUAUCAUUACACUAAUUGGCCUGAUCAUGGCACCCCAGAUCAUCCUUUGCCAGUAAUUCACUUUAUUAAGAAAUCUUCAGCAGCUAAUCCCACAGAUAGUGGUCCCAUUGUUGUUCAUUGCAGUGCCGGAGUGGGUCGAACAGGAACUUACAUAGUAUUGGAUGCCAUGUUGAAGCAAAUUCGAGCUAGGGGUGAAGUGAACAUAUUUGGUUUUCUGAAGCACAUUCGAGCUCAACGCAAUUUCUUAGUCCAAACUGAAGAACAAUAUAUAUUCAUCCACGACUCGUUGGUGGAAGCCAUCGAAUGUGGUGAAACAAACAUUGGUCGUGAGAAAUUUCCCAGAUACGUUUCAGUCUUGCAAAAUCCUAAUCUCGAAGAUAAAAACGAGCUAUGGAAACCAUUAGAUGUCCAGUUCAGACUAGUCACCAGCUUUGUGUGCCGUGAUUUCAACCUGGUAUCGGCCAACAAACCAGUGAACCAAUCGAAAAACAGGUGUGCUGUCAUUUUGCCGGUAGAAAGCGCUCGUGUUCAUCUAACUCCCAAGCCUGGUGAAGACGGAUCCGAUUACAUAAAUGCUAGCUGGCUUCAGGGCUUCCACAGCCUUCGAGAAUUCAUUAUUACUCAGCAUCCGUUCAAGCACACCAUUCAUGACUUCUGGCAAAUGGUGUGGGAUCACAGUGCACAACUCAUCGUCAUGAUUAGCUAUAUCGAUAAUUCGGAAUACGAAGUUUUUUGGCCGGAAGGAGACGAAGCCAUCGAAACCGACACUUACAUCUGCAAACAGACCAACGAAAAUGGCACUUCUGCUUACUUCCUCCGGGAAUUCCUCAUGAAAUCUGUACAGGAUGACUAUGAGAUUCCCGUCAAGAUGUUGCAUUGUGUCAACUGGCCCCAUCAAGUUGCAUCUCUGUCUGAACUGUAUCAUCUACCAAACUUUGUACUAGAUAUGCAGAAAAUCCAGAAUGGACCCAUUAUCAUUGUUGAUCGUUUUGGAGGCACCGAAGCUGCCUCAUUUUGUGCCCUCACCACCCUCAAGAAACAUCUGAUUUACGAUAACAAAGUCGACGUUUACAUGUACACUAAGCUCUAUCACAACAAGAGACCAGGCAUAUGGAUAUCUAGCGACGAUUACAUGAAGCUGCACCUUUGCGUGCAGACUUUGUGUAGCCCUCCAGAGCCGCAAAUACAGGAAGUUACCCCGGAUUUGUAUGCCAUGACCAAUGGAACCGUCAAUAACGGAUCGAUAUCAACAGAUUGCAUUCGAGUGCCUCCAGAAGGCCCUGCUGGCGCGAUUGCUGCUACACAAGAAGGUCCCUCGACAAAUGCAGACAUCCACGACAAAUCAACCGAUCCUCCAAAGGAUCGUCUGCGCAGAGCAGGGACCACGAAAUUUCGACGGCGCAGAGAUGGCGUUUUUUUUAGCGAGAAGGAAAACAUAUUGGAUACUCUUUCUCAAAGACUGAACGAUUUGAAAUCGGAUGGGAAUCACGCUUCAGACUCUGAAAUUGCGCCAAGACAAUCGCGGAGAUCUAGGACAAAAUCAUUUGAUAAAAACGAAGCUUGGGUUCAUCAGCAAGACACAACUGAAAGAGUGAUAUGGCAUAAACUACCAGAACAAACAUUUCUGGUCCCAGAAGAAAAAGAAACCACCUUCGACAAUAAUGGCCCGCAAAUUUCGUCUUUAUCAUCAACUCAACGUCAAGUUCUUAGGAAGCUAGCUCUGCUCAAACUGACAGCACAUAUGGAAAAAUAUUGCCCCACGCAUCGGACUGGCUGGAAUUGGGAUUUACCGAAAUUUAUAAGAAAAAUCAAAUGUCCCGUUUAUAAAGACAAGAAUAUUUUUGGGGUACCUCUCACAAUUACGUUCCAAAGGACCGGACGUGUUUUACCAAGACAGAUCGAAGAAGCAAUGCGUUGGCUACAAGAAAAUUCUACCGAUGAUGUUGGAAUUUUCAGAAAACCUGGAGUGAGGUCUCGAAUUCAACACUUGCAUGAUAAAGUAGAAUCGAACAUCGGAAUAGAUUACAGCGAUCAGCAGUGUUAUGAUGUAGCCGAUAUGGUGAAACAGUAUUAUCGAGAGUUACCGGAAGUCCUGUUGACUACCAAACUUUCCGAAACUUUUAUAUUGAUCUUUCAAUAUGUGCCUGUUAACUUACGCCGAGAAUCAGUUCUGUGUGCAAUUUUGCUGCUCCCAGACGAACAUAUGGAAGUCCUACAAUCCCUAUUGCAUUUUUUAUUAGUCAUUGCGAAAAAUUCACAAGUGAAUCAGAUGAACGAAAACAAUCUGGCGAUGUGCUUUGCACCUACAUUGUUCCACUAUUCGCCAGGACUCAAACAGAAUUUGGGCUCGCCGCAUCCCAAAGAGCUUGCGGAAAAUAAAGCUGGUCAUUCGUGCUUGUUGUUUUUCCUCAACAAUUACCAUAACUUGUUCAGGAUACCACAAGAUUUCAUCAAUCAAUGCAAUCCGAGCGAGAUACGGGAAACUAAAGCAAAAUUCUUAUCAGAGUUGGGCAUGGAAAUGGGUGGUUGGAGGGAAUAUCUGAACGAAUGUGAAAGUAACUUGCUGAGAGAAGUGAAAGAAAGAGGGCGAGGCUGGAUUCCGAUCAGUUCACACAAUCCCAAAGUGGACAUUUCCUACAGAAAAGUGGCUGAUGGGCUACCUUUGAAAUUGUGGAGAACUUCGACUGAUGUGGAAGCUCCUCCAUCGGAAGUAGUUCGUCGGAUUCUGAGAGAAAGGCACAUUUGGGAUAACGACUUGCAAUCGGCGAAGAUAAUUGCUCAGUUGGACCAUAGAACAGAGGUAUUCCAAUUCGUUCGAAGGAACAUAGAUCCAUUGCCAAAUGAAGAGUAUUGCGUACUACGGACAUGGAGGACGGAUUUGCCAAAAGACACCUGUAUCAUAGUAGAAACCUCGGUUGAGUAUUCCGAUGCUCUCCCUGUACCCAACACUUCGAGGGCCGUCAUUUUGGCAUCUAGAUAUCUGAUUGAACCCUGCGGAUCCGGAAAGUCCAGACUGAUACAUUUUUCUAGAAUAGAUACAAUGGGCAGAACACCGGAAUGGUACCAGAAAAAUUAUGGACAUUUAUGUGCGAUUUUCCUAUCUAAUAUACAGAACUCGUUUUAUCAAAACACCAGAGGCCCUGAAAGUAAAGUGUAGAUAAUCAUGCAUACCAAAGAUUAAUGUGAAACUUACUUUUAAGUGUUUGUAAAUAGUCACAAGCCUAGGCACAUUUCCUCUUAUACAUCACAUAUAUAAUGAUAAAACAUUUAUAUUUUUGUAAUGAAAGAUAUAUUAGCUAUAUAUUAUUUUUAGAGAUAGUCCUAUUUUGGUAAUUUGCAUGUUUGUAUUAUCCAUUCAUUACAUUUCAAACAUAAACACCACUUAAUAUUAAUCACCACAUUUUUCUGUAUUUGGAAUUUGAACCAUAAAAAUAUUGUUGAAGAAGUUAACUGGAUUUCAAAUGUCUUCUGGAGUUAAUAUGCUAGUCACAAAUUAUUCAACUGGACAUUUGUAAAUAUAUAAUAUCAUUAUUAUUAUACAUCUGUUCAUAUCAGUACAUUUCCAAUCUGUUUCGAUUUGUAUGAAUUAAUGUAGGUGUACAGGAAGGCAAUAAAUCAAAAUUCUUGUUCCAGGCAAUCUGUUCACAAUAUAACUUGAUGCCAGUAUUUAACACUUUAAAAUUCAAUUGUUAUAUUGAAAUAUGGGGAAUACACUUAUUUUGCAGCUUUAAUGCUCCACUCUGUUGAUAGAUGCUUUAUAUAUUAUUUUGAAAUAUGGGCACCCUGUUUGAUGAGGUCAUUUGGGAUAUGUGAACAUGGUGAUGAAGUAAUAACGUCCUUAAACAUUACUCUACACAUACAAGUUGUACGGAAAGGUCAUGUUGUAAAUGAUAAGGCUGAAGAAUGAGCCAAAAUAAUGCUAGUACUUCAUAUAAAAAAAUGACUAUCGCACUUCGUUACGGAGUUAUUGACCUUGAAAGUUUGAAUAAAAACUAAAUUGCUUGUAUAACGGUUGCCAUGGUAUCAAUGAUAACUUGCCAGGUAGCGGCGUGGUAGAAUCGUCAGUAUUCUAUUCACGUUGGAUUGCCGGUUGGCGGUUGGUGGGUUCGAUUCCCACGACUGCAGAAUUUUUCUGAUAGCCAAAGAAAGUGUUUGGGAUCAUCCUUGCUCGCAAAAGUCUCUUGAAGACUUCUGACGGUUGCUCGUAAGGGGGCAUCCGGGUGACGGAUAAGAACAAUUUUAAAACAAAACAAAUAUUCGAGCAACUCAAUUAACUCAUACUAAUUCUUCUUUUAAUAUGUAAACGGCGGUUCAGUGACUAUGUCUCAUAUAUCUUGAACCGUUCUAGAGAAUAUCGCAUUUUAAAUUCAUACAUCCCCACCGUUUCAAAUUUGAUAAAACCUCUUUUAUUCAAUAACAUCAUGGUAGAUGCAGUCAUUCUCAAAAUGGACAUUACAUUAUUUUGACAGUAUUUAAUACUUUGGUAACACCAUGGAUGGAGUUUAGUAAUGAUGAGCAUGUAUUAUGUAUGACUUACAGAAACUUUCAAGGUCAAUAACAUUUUUUUAAUAUGAAGUAGGUACUAACAUUAUUUUGGCUCACCCUAUCAGCCCUAUCAUUUACGACAUGACCUUUCCGGACACACUGUAUAAUGCAUCGUUCAUAUCAUAUCUCAAAACAUUGCCGAAAGUACCGGAAAACCACAGUUCAAACCAUGUGAUGGAGUGUUUAAUAAUAAUUAUCUACAGGGGGCAUUUCAGCUGGGACACAUCAGUCUAUGGGCAAUGUUGCAUGAUUGUAAACAGUUGUCAAUGGGUGAAUAGGUACCAACUACUAAUAAAAUUAUAUAUUAUCUCAAGAUUCUCAAGUGGUUUCAUCAAUCAAGCUCUCCUCAAACAUUGAAUUUUAACAAAAACGAAUCCCUUACGAAAAUACAAUUUUACUUAAAAUAUCCACAUUAUAUGCCUCUAUUUUGAAUCAUAUAUUGUUGAAGUCUGUAACAAAAGUAUUACUGGAAUUAUACAAUACUAUAAAUAGUAUAUAAGUAUUUUUAUUGACUUGUUUCUAUCAAUAAUUUUUGUGGAAAAUAUAAAAUUGUAUAUAGAU